AUGGGGGGGCUGCCUGACGCAUGUGUGGGUGGGCAGGGAGAGGGAGAACCACUGCUGCUGCUGCUGCUGCUGCUGCUGCUGCUGUUUCCCAACACGAGCCUGAUACUUCUGGCUUCAGUCUUGCUCUUGCACCUGUCCUCCUCCUCUGCACCUCCCUCAGGGGAAACCACGUCCUCUGCACCACCCUCAGGGCACACCGCCUCCCGGCGACCUCCUACUGGGACGGACGCCGAAGAGGACGCCCUGUUCGGGGACAUGGCGCCGGAACAACUGGCAGACAUCUUGGUGAAAGCUUUAAGAGACAAGAACAAAGCUGGCGGCGAUAAGGAGGACAAGGAGGACGAGGAGGUCGAGGAGUUAUCAGAGUUAAAGAAAAGACAAGAACCAGAGCUGGACGAGGAGGACGUGUCGCUGGAGACGCCCACGAGAGCAGAAGAAGAAACUGAAGAACUCAGACUACAAACUCAGCAGGAGGAGGAGGAGGAGGAGCAGCUGACGGCGGAGGAGCUGCACAGUCUGGAGACCAUGAUGAAGGAGUUUGCUCGUGUCCGGACGUUAGUGAAGAGAGACUCCAACAGUUUCAACGAGGUCCUGCCCAGAAACAAAAACCAGGAGCAGAGGCGUAAGUGGCAGGAGGAGACACAGAAGGCCUGGAACUUUCCCUUCUUCAACACUGUAGAUGUCACCAACCACCAGGAGGCGCUAGAGGACACAGGACCCAGUGAAGAGACGGAGAAGGAGACUCUGAGUCCUGCGGAGGAGGAGGUGCUGAGUCCUGAGGAGGAGGAGGCUCUGAGUCCGGAGGAGGAGGAGGCUCUGAGUCCGGAGGAGGAGGAGGCUCGAGCCAAAGCCGAGCAGGACGAGAUGCGGCGUCAGGCCGCGGAGGCACAGAGAGCUCGUCUGGAGGAGGAGAAGCUGGCGGACAUUGCCUCAGACAUGCUGCUGCGCUACAUGGGCAAAGAGAGAACAGGCCCAAAGUACAGACCCCUGUCGGACGCUCCAGAGGACAAACGCUCAGACGAACAGACCCAGGACCUGGACCCUCAGACCAUCGAGCAGCUCAUCGAGAUUUCCAGCAAACUGCACCUCCCGGCGGAGGACGUGGUGGACAUCAUCAGCGACGUGGAGAAGAAGAAGAGGAAGGACACGCCUCCUAACACGCCCCCCAGAUACUUCUCUGACCCGGGAACCAGCGACCAGUACCAGGGGAAGCUCCGCGGCUGGUUCCAGCCCAAGACCCAGGACCCCAGGACCCAGGACCUCAGGACCCAGGACCUCAGGACCCAGGACCCCAGGACCCAGGACCUCAGGACCCAGGACCUCAGGACCCAGGACCUUUGGACUCAGGACCCCUGGAGCAAACCCAGGAAGCUGCAGCCCGGGGGAUGGUCUCCGCAAUCUCCCGAUGACUGGCUCAAACCGGUUCCGUAUCCUGUUCCUUAUUACCACAGAUACCCACCUGCCUACUACCCGCUCCCUCUAGCGCCGCCCCCUAGGCCUCUCCCUUGGUACUACAACCCUUAUGCUUACAACCGCUUCUUGACAAACCCGGUCGGCUCUUACGCCCCUGGUUCUCGGACUUCAAACCUCGGCCCUGGUUGGCGUUUGCUCCAAAGACCAGCACCGUAUUACACCAACAGGGGGCGCUACCUGAACCCAUGGAGCUUUAAGAUCAAGGCCCCGCCAAACCGACCCCCGUCCCGGCAGCAGCAGUGGUUAGCCUCAGCUGCUAGCCCUCUGGGGAAAGAGGCUAAUGCUAAAAAGACUUCCAUGACCCUGAGCAGGAGAGAGGGUCUGGAGCGGUUCCUGCAGCAGCUGCUCCGGAACAAGCCUCCAGUGUUGGACUGA